UGCAGAGGGAAAUGCAGGAAGUUGAGAAUAAGAAGGCAGAGGAGGAGAAGAGAAAGAAGCUGAACGAAGAAGGCAGCAAUUGGAAGGCGCGAUGAGAAGAUUCGAAGGAUGUUUGCUGGCAUCGAGCGAAGAAUGAUGGAGGAAUGCGACAGAAGUGACAGGAAGACAGAAGAGGCGGAGCUUCGAACGAUAGCGGCAAUAUCAACGGAUCUGCGUAACUUCAACACGGAGAUAAGGACUGAAAUCCAAACGACACUAGAGGUGAACUCCAAGGCGCCGAAACAGGACAGAGUACUACUUGCGAGCGGGCUGGAUACUUACCUAAUGGAGGAAGAAGUGAUGACGAACGGUGGUUCGAAGGUACCAUCGAAGAGAGCAAGAGGGAAGCGAACAUCGAAGACCUUCACAACGCUGGGCGACUGGGAGUCAGAAGCAAAGGUCAUGUCAAAGGCGGAGUAUGAGAAAAGCUUGAGGAGGAAGGCAUGCACGCUGAUGAAGAGCGCCUCUGCCAUAAAGGAGACCCCCGCUUCUUGCAGCAAAGGGAAUAUAGUGCGAAACAUCCUAGAUACUAGACCUAAGCUAAUGGUGAAGGAAUGGCGGGAAGUCAAGAAGUUAUGUGAGGCAAGCAACAUCACCUACAUCUCUAAGGAGCAAGGCGUUCGUGAGCUAUUGAAUAGAUCGGCGUGGGGCGAUGACGAUGAGCUUUUGGAGGAGACAUGGGAGCUUCAGGUCACGUAUAGGAAUGAGGUGAGGAAAAGCGGCAUUAGGAUUGUCCUUAUCACAAAUAUUGAGAGUUGCGGCCUGCACCCUGCAAUCGCAGGGAUCUUCAAAAGGAAGGCAAGGGUAGUCCGGAGAAGAAAGAGGAACGUAGCUGAGAUUCUUUGUAACUACAAGCAACUGAUUAAGAAGCCAGAACUACCGCUCGUAUGCAAGCACUAUGACCUACCCGUUGUUAGUGGCCACGUACUCACAAGGAUAGCUGAUGUCCCUAGAUUGCCGACCUUGGCUCUCAACCGGAAGAACGUGGUCCGUCCCAAGCUCGAGACAACAAAGGAAGAAGUCAGCAGCAGCAUACGACUUGCGCUCACAACGGUGCUCGGGAGCCGAAUUGGCAAGCAUCUGCCUAAUCUCCUGACUGGUAGUUGUUUCUCAUCGAAAUGGAAUGAACGCUGCGUUAUGGACGAUGGGUUGCUCUACGCCGUCAAAAGGCAGUUCAGGGACUUGUUAAUUACGCAAGUCGACAGGAACGCGGGUGACUUGGUGCUGAUGUGUCCAUCCACGUACCAGCAUGGCUUGAAUAAAAUGUUCGCCUGGAGCGUAGCUUAUGACGAGGUCAGCAGCAGCGAAUCAGAAACAUUGAAGGAGAUGAAGCGAGACUCUGAAAGCCGGGGCUUGCACAGGCUCGUGAACUGGAACUCAAAAGGGAGGAUCGGUAAUGCUACGGGCGGUGGAUUGAAGGCGAUGGCAACCAAUAGGAGCAGGAGCACAGAGUUGGGGAGACCAUCUCAACCAAUCGAUGUGGAUGAUGACGAGGAAGUGAGGGAGAUUGACUUGUCGGGCUCAGUGUUGCCUGCUGCCUCCAGUAGGAGAGGUCACCAACCUGCGGGACGACGACAAACAUCUAACAGUGAAGUUGAAGUAGUUUCAUCAACAGCAGCAGCGUUUGCUCGUCUGCAACGGCCUUCAACAACAGUGGCCACCAUUGACCUGGAUUCAAUCUCUUCUGCACCAAUCGAUUUGACAACCCCGGACAACAAUGGUGCAGUUGAUGACUGUGUUGUUUUGUCAGAAAUCCCUGAAAACAUGGUACGCACACCUUGCCUCUUCUUCCCCAUUGCCCCCUCACUAUUUCCCUUGUAUGGGAAACAUGCACAAAUGUCCGCAAUGUUUUGAUGGUUGGACUGAUAUUCCCUCUUCGGUACCAUUCAUAACUCCCCCGUGAUGCAACCCUGCACUGAAUUCAACCAGCAAAC